CUAGGGUGAUGUUUUCUGCCAGAAGCCCAGGCAGCAUGGACCUCACUCUUCUGUGGGUCCUUUUGCCACUGGUCACCAUGGCCCAGGGCCAGUAUGGUGACUACGAGUACCCAUACCAGCAGUACCAUGACUAUAGCGACGAUGGGUGGGUGAAUCUGUUCCGGCAGGGCUUCAGCUACCAGUGUCCCCACGGGCAGGUGGUGGUGGCCGUGAGGAGCAUCUUCAACAAGAAGGAAGGUUCUGACAGACAAUGGAACUACGCCUGCAUGCCCACGCCCCAGAGCCUCGGGGAGCCCACGGAGUGCUGGUGGGAGGAGAUCAACAGGGCUGGAAUGGAAUGGUACCAGACAUGCUCCAACAAUGGACUGGUGGCGGGGUUCCAGAGCCGCUACUUUGAGUCAGUGCUGGAUCGGGAGUGGCAAUUUUAUUGCUGUCGCUACAGGAAGAGAUGCCCAUAUUCCUGCUGGCUGACAACAGAAUAUCCAGGCCACUAUGGUGAGGAAAUGGACAUGAUUUCCUACAAUUAUGAUUACUAUAUGCGAGGAGCAACAACUACUUUCUCUGCAGUGGAAAGGGAUCGCCAGUGGAAGUUCAUAAUGUGCCGGAUGACUGACUAUGACUGUGAAUUUGCAAAUGUUUAGACUUUCCACGCACCAAAUCUGGGUGAAGGGAAGGGGGCCAGGAGACCUGAGGAUGUCCACACGUGUUACAAUCACUUGGAACUCCUAAGUGGUUUCUGCAGUUCUCUUUCCUUCUCCCUGAGCUGGUUGGUAACUGCAAUGCCAGCUUUCUAGGUCUUUCUGACUAGUAUCCCACUUACAAUAAAAUCCACAGUUAAAUCAUGUUUUUCCCUUUCCACACAUUCCAUAGCACCCGGUUUGUAUGACUGACGAUGACUGUCUUGCACACCACAUACACAGUGUGCAUGCUCACAGCCUGAAAAAGAGCCUGGUUCCUGGAGCACCUGUCAUAGUCUUGCUGCUGCUUUUAUUACCAAAUGAGCUGCAAGCAGGCCUGGUGCUGAGCAGGAUCUGUGAGGAGGGUGAAAGUAGCAGAGAGAAGGGCCAGAAAUCGAGGAAGGUGGCAGUGAACGUUCUGUGCAGCUGUGUCUGUUUGAAUGAAACCCAGCGUCCUCACCGAGAGCGCGCCUUCUGUCUUGAGGGACAUGCUUCUACCCACCCCUCCACAUGAGCCAUGCUUGCCUAGCAGCUCAGGUGCAUAGUUCUGCAUUCCAGGAGUGAGGAGACUGGGAGGCGAAAUAGGGAGAUGGAAACGGGGGCAAAGCUGAAAGAUUUAGGAUUGGAAGAAUUUCCUGAAGGAAGAAGAUUGUUGGCACACGCAGUAAUGAAAAUGAGUGCUGGAGCCAGAGGAACCUAUGAGAAUUGGUCUCAAGUAAGACAAAAACAAGGAGAGAGAGGUCAGAGAAUGGGACUCAGAUUAGGAAGUUGAGGGGCAAAAGAGAGUGGCUAGGCUGCUUUGGGAAAUGGAAAAAGGGGGUUGAGUCACUGGUAUCUGGAGGCAUAGCUGGGACUCCUAGGAAGGUGGGCAUGUGCCCCAUAGCCAUGGGAGUUACUGGUAAAUGCAUCUGGGUUGGGAUGGGAAAGGCUGCCCUGGGGAUCCACUGCCUUCUAUGUGUAGUUUUAGGGGUGUCUUUGCAGAGGGGACCCUAUCUUUCCUCCUCCUGUGAUGUCUCUGUCCCCAUCCCUUUGUACUUACUUCAUCAUAAAAGGAAUAAAAAUAUUAACAUUCACAA